UCUAAAGAAGGUAGUAACUAAGUACAGUCUAGUCUGGGAUACUGCCGCAUUGAAGGACGCAUAAAGGACAUGAUCAUCAGAGGAGGGGAGAACAUCUACCCUGCUGAGAUAGAGCAGUUUCUCUAUACACAUCCCAAAGUACAGGACGUGCAGGUGGUUGGAGUGAAAGAUGAGAGGCUGGGUGAGCAGGUGUGUGCCUGCAUCAGGCUGAAGGAAGGCCAGACCUCCAGUGCAGAGGAGAUAAGAGCAUUCUGCAAAGGCCAGAUUUCUCACUUCAAGAUCCCACACUAUGUGAUGUUCGUAGACAGUUACCCUCUGACAGCUAUAAGAAAGGUCAAGAAGAACAUACUGAAGGAAGAAAUGGAAAAGAAAUUAUUCCAUUGA